AUAUAGAUCCUUAAAGUCCUAGACAUUUGGACCCAAUUAGGUAUUUGAAAAUAUUUGGUUUGGGGUUUAGGUUGGUUUCUUUCAGGUCCGAAUCCAUGAUUCAAAUACAUGUAAAUAACUCUAACUUUUGGAUACAUAACGGGUCUGAUCGGUUCUAAUAUUUUAAACCCGAAAAUAUUUGAAAUAUCCAAAAAAAUCUAAAAAGUACAUGAAAACCCAAAAGAUACUUGACACAAAAACAUACCUGAAAACUCAAACGAAUAUCCAAAAUAUUAAAAUAUCUAAAAAGACCUAAAAUUUUACCUCAAAAUCUGAUCCAAAAACCAAAAACAAAUACGUAAAUUUAUAUCAAAAUGCGAUUUUUUAAAAAUUUUACCUAAAACCCGAAACUAUAACAAAAAUCUAAACAUGAAAAUUUAAAAUUAUCCGUAAUUUUAAAAACAUAUUCAAAAUAUUAAAAUAUACCUAAUAAAUAAAAACUAUUUUGGAUACUUUGGAUACUCGAUUGGAUCUCGAAUAAGACCUGGACUCGAUAAAAACUUGCGGUCCAAAAACUACCCAAUAGGUACUUUGUCAUGGAUCCAUACAAAAGUCGAAUCUGUAAACUAAUUCAUAAAUUAUACAAAUUUUAAAAUUUUUCUUCGAUAUAAUACGACUUUCUAACAUAAUAAUGUACAACAUCACUAAAUACUAAUUCAUAUCAAAAUUUGUGUAUCAUCCAAAAUAACCUGUGCUAUUAUACGUAAGGAGGAGAGUGUGCAUUGAAAAAAAAAUUGCUCUUAUAUGAAAAUCUAUAAAAAAAAAAUACAAAAUUACAAAAGAUACAAAAAUACAAAACCUAUACAGAGUGAUACAAAAAAGGUUGUCUUUCAAAUAUUUCUUACGACUAUUAACUCACAUGUUUCUACUCUACUAAAUUUUACAAAAACCGUAAAAAUAAUUCUAAAAAAUUGAUCGAUGAUUUCCUUUUUACUAUCGCCACUACUAAUUAAUAAUUUCCUUUUUUUUCCGUAAAAUCACAUUCUAUAAAUAUUAGACUCUUGCUUCUUCUAUUUAUAACUCGUAUUACAGUGUUCUCGAUCUUAUCUUCUUCUUCUUCAUCUCCCGUUUACUUAUUCUGAUUAGCAGAGAUUCUCUGCAAAGUUUAGACACAUAGUAACGCUUUGAUUCUGUAUACAAGAAACAGAACAUCGAGACCUGAUUAAAACCCUAAUAUCUCUCUCAACGACGACAUGGAGUGUAAUAAGGAAGAAGCUACAAAAGCAAUUAAAAUUGCAGAGAGAAAACUCUCAGAGAACGACUACAACGGAGCGAAGAGAUUCGCUGGAAAAGCUAAGACUUUGUAUCCAACCCUCGAUGGUUUGGAACAGAUCUCAACGAUGGUCGAUGUUUUCAUCUCUGCAUCGAACAAGACAAACGGAAGUGAAUCAGACUGGUAUGGGAUUCUCGGUGUUGAUCCUUUGGCCGAUGAAGAAGCCGUCAAAAAACAGUACAAGAAGCUAGCACUUUUGCUUCAUCCAGACAAGAACAGGUUUAAUGGAGCGGAAGGCGCGUUUAAGCUGGUUUUAGAUGCUUGGUCUCUUUUAUCUGACAAGGCUAAGAGAGUUGCCUAUGAUCAGAAGAGGAAAAGGAAAGAAGCUAAAGAGAAAAAGAGUGAACCAAAAAAAACGGAAAAGAGGGCACGGCAGGAGCCAGGUUCUUGUAACGUGGAUGGCAAGGCAAAAGAAGCUUCAUCGAAAAAGAAGAAAGUUAGCAGUACCUUUUGGACAAUGUGCACUUAUUGCUUGACGUACUCCGAACAUGUGAGAGCUCAUAGUCUUGACAAGACCUCGCAUUGUCCAUUCUGCCAUGGGAUUUUCGUCGCGACGGAGAAGUUUCCAGAGAUGGUCAAUGGGAAGCCAUUCAUCAGAUUCGCUCCUCCUCGCCAACAAGCUACCUUUUGGACAAUGUGCACUCAUUGCUCGACAUACUCUGAGCAUGUGAGAGCUGCUCAUCUUGACAAGACCUUGCCUUGUCCAUUCUGCCAUGGACUUUUCGUCGCUACAGAGAGCUUUCCUGAGAUGGUCAACGGGAAGCCAUUCAUAAGAUUUGCUCCUCCUCGCCCUAAGCCUCAAGCAACAAGCGGAAGCACAAGUGAUGCUCCAAACUCUACUCAUGAGGCAGACAUGCAUUUCAAGAAGCCGAUGGCAACAGGACAUCCACGCUCUAGAUUUGAAGAUCUAAACUCUACUCAUGAAGCACAGAGGCUUUUUUCAAGAAGCGGACGGCAGGUGUGAGAUAAGAAGUUAAAGAAUCCUGAUUUUUUUUUAAAUGUUUUGGUUUAACUAAUUU